AUGGUGAAGUUGCUGCCUGCCCAGGAGGCAGCCAAGAUCUACCAUACCAACUAUGUGCGCAACUCCAGGGCUGUGGGUGUGAUGUGGGGCACACUCACCAUCUGCUUCUCUGUACUGGUCAUGGCCCUCUUCAUCCAGCCCUACUGGAUCGGUGACAGUGUUAACACACCCCAGGCAGGCUACUUUGGCCUUUUCUCCUACUGUGUGGGCAACGUGCUGUCCUCUGAACUCAUCUGCAAGGGUGGCCCGCUGGACUUCUCCUCCAUUCCCUCUAGAGCCUUCAAGACCGCCAUGUUUUUUGUGGCAUUGGCCAUGUUCCUCAUCAUUGGCUCCAUCAUCUGCUUUAGCCUCUUCUUUGUCUGCAACACGGCCACUGUCUACAAGAUCUGCGCAUGGAUGCAGCUGGCUGCAGCCACAGGCCUGAUGAUUGGCUGCCUGGUCUACCCCGACGGUUGGGACUCAAGUGAGGUGCGGCGCAUGUGUGGGGAGCAGACAGGCAAGUACACACUGGGCCAGUGCACCAUCCGCUGGGCCUUCAUGCUGGCCAUCCUCAGCAUUGGAGACGCCCUCAUCCUCUCCUUCCUGGCCUUUGUGCUGGGCUACCGGCAGGACAAGCUCCUCCCUGAUGACUACAAGGCAGAUGGAAAAGGAUCUCCAACUUUUUACACCAUCCAUCUACCCACUCAGUACCAGCUCCUGGGCCCCACGUGCCCACCGACACCUUUAGGCAUGGGAGGAAGUCUGAAGCAGCUGAAGUUUGGUGAGUAA